GCCGCCGCCUGCAGCUUCCCCGCCGCCUUCCCGCUCUACGCGCCCGGCCGCGAGCCCGCGCCGGCCGCGCCCUUCGACCUGGCCGACAUCAGCGACGUGUCGCCCUCGGGGGGCUUCGUCGCCGAGCUGCUGCGGCCUGAACUGGACCCCGUGUACAUGCAGCAGCAGCCGCCGCCGCCGCCGCCGGCCCUCGGGAGCCUGCACGGGAAGUUCGUGGUGAAAGCCCUGGGGGACUACAACCACCUCAGCCUGGCCAGCAAGGGUGCCCCGGCUGACAGCCCCGCCGGGCCGCCCUACAGCCCUCUGCCCAGGAUGUGCCAAAAGAUCAAGCAGGAGGCCGCCCCCUCCUGCCCCAUUGCCCAGCCCCACGGCGGGCCGCCGCCCCCCCACGACUUCGCCCUGGGGCGGCCCCUGCCCUCCAGGACUACUGCUGAAGAGAUACUCGGUAGCAGAGACUGCCAUGCCUCCCCUCCAGGGCUAAGCCACCCCCCGCUGCCUCCUGGAUACCACCCUGCCCCUGGCUACCCACCUUUCCUGCCUGAGCAGCUCCCGCCUGGUGCCCUGCAGUACCAAGAGCUGAUGCCACCCGGGAGCUGCCUGCCUGAAGAAACCAAGCCAAAGAGGGGGCGCCGGUCAUGGCCCAGGAAAAGGACCGCUACACACACCUGCGAGUAUGCCGGGUGCGGCAAGACCUACACCAAGAGCUCUCAUCUCAAGGCGCACCUGAGGACCCACACAGGAGAGAAGCCCUAUCACUGUGACUGGGAGGGCUGCGGGUGGAAAUUUGCCCGCUCUGAUGAACUUACUCGGCACUACAGAAAACAUACUGGCCAUCGCCCUUUCCAGUGUCAAAGAUGCGACAGAGCAUUUUCCAGGUCAGACCACCUUGCCUUACAUAUGAAGAGGCACUUUUAAUUGGAAGCAGUGGAUUUUUUUUCCUAUACUGCCAUAAGAGAUUCAGUAUUCACAGCACAGACUGGCUUCCGCAGGAGGGAGUGACACAGCUAAAGCACUACAAGGAAUCAUGGUGAAGUCUUCCAAAGAGUGGGAAUCAACUGAAAAUUACACAUGUUGGAACUCUCUCUCUGUCUCUUCCUUUCUCUCUUUAUCUGCCUCUAUGGUAUAAUGGUUCGCACUCUGGACUUUGAAUUCAGCAAUCUGAGUUCAAAUCUCUUUCUCUGCCCUUUUUUUCUUUUUUUAAUAAAUUAAAGAAGAACAUUGGGGUCAAUGACUGGAUCUUCUAUCAUUCCAUUUGUAAAUCCAACUUGAAUUUUUCUGGACUACAAAAUGCCAACAAACGACUGGAAGUCAAGGCUAUCAGGGUUAAAGAGACUGCUUUUGGGCAGGGGUUGGGGGGCGAUUACAUGGGGAGAUCACAUUCCCUUAAAUUUUGGCUCAAUGCAAUAUUAGAUGUAAAUGUCAUCUUGUAUUUUCUUUUUCCUUCUAAAAAGCCAUUACUAUGUUUAAAAGAGGAGGAAAAAAAUUCAGGUACAGAAUUUAUGUUUAAAAGCCUAUUUCAUGGUGCUUAGUGACUGUUGGUUCUAAAGGUACCAAAAACAGGAAGCCAAAGUUCUCAAACUGCUGCAUAUCUGACAAGGAAUUAUUUUUGUCUUCCGAUCUACAGUUAUGACCUAAAUCAGGUAAAUAAACCUGGUUUAUUUUCUUUUUUUUUUUUUUUUUGAAAAUAACUUUUAUGCAGACAGUCUGUAAUGCACUGUGGUUUCGAUGUGCAAUAAUUUGUACAAUGGUUUAUUCCCAAAUAUGCCUUAAGCAGAACAAAUGUUUUCUAUAUAGUUCUUUACAUAAUAAAUAUGUAAUAUAAAUUUAAGCAAACUUCUAUUUUGUAUAUUUGUAAACUAUGAAGUAAAAAUGAACAUUUUGUUGGAGUUCGUAUUUUGCAUAUUCAAGCUGAAAAUAAGUUUUAAAUAAACCUAUAAUAUUUUA